GUAUGGUGUUGCGUUAACACAGAAAUACAUCUGCCUUUCACUCACUGGACUUUAUAAAACACGAGCUCACCUUUCAACCGUACACACUCCAGCAAAUUCCCUCUUCGUAAAGGAAAAGAAAGCAUUCGGAAUAAGACAUCUGCAUGGUUCGUGUGCUGUGCAGAGAUGGCACUGGAGGAAAGGGCUCGGAGCAGUUUGCUUCGCUUUCGCCACAGGCUGGAGCAGGACAUCAAGCCCUCCUACCUGAUGGACCACAUGAUCAGUGAUGAUGUGCUGACAGUGGACGAGGAGGAAAAGAUCAGGAUCAAGCCCAACAGGAAAGAUCAGGCUGCUGCUCUGCUGGAGUUGGUCCUGAAUAAGGAUAAUCGUGCCUACAUCUCCUUCUACAACGCUCUGCUCAAGGAGGCGUAUGAUGAUUUGGCAAGUCUGCUUCACAAUGACCUGCCGCAGACAUCACCUGAAAAACAGAGCGGCUCAUGUGAUGGUUUUACAUCUUAUGUCCAGACCGUUCUAAGUGAAGGUGGAGUACCUCAGCGGCCUGUCGUAUUUGUCAGCAGACCAGAGCUGGUGAACCGGGUCAGGGAGAAACUCUACAGGCUGCAGAAGGAGGCCGGCUGGGUCACUGUCUUUGGCAUGGCAGGUUCUGGGAAAUCUGUCCUGGCUGCAGAGGCUGUCAGACACCAUGGCCUCACUGAAGACUGUUUCCCUGGAGGGAUCCACUGGCUGUCCAUUGGUCAGCUUGACAAACCGGACUUGCUGGUGAAGAUUCAAUCCUUGUGUUUCCGUCUGGAGCAGAGCCUUGAUUCACCAUCCCUCCACCGUCCCCCAAACUCCCUCGAUGAGGCCAAGGAGCGCCUACGCUUCCUCAUGCUGCGCAAAUAUCCCAGAUCUCUGCUGAUUCUCGAUGACAUCUGGGACAGUACCGUGCUAAAAGCAUUCGACAUCCAAUGCCGGAUCCUUCUGACCACCAGGAACAGAAGCCUUACUGACUCCGUCAGUGGGGCAAGAUAUGAGGUAGAAGUGGACCGUGGUCUGGAUGAAAACAAAGGACUGGAGGUUCUGGCUCUUUACACUAACACUAAACUCAAGGGACUUCCUGAAGAGGCUCGCAGCAUAGUCAAAGAAUGCAAAGGUUCCCCUCUUGUCGUGUCCCUGAUUGGCGCUCUCCUCAAAGAGAAACCCGACCGUUGGCGCUACUACCUCAAUCAGCUCCAGAAGAAACAGUUCAAGAGGAUAAGGAAGUCCUCGUCAUAUGACUAUGACGCCCUCGACCAAGCCAUGUCGGCGAGCAUCGAAGUCCUACCCGAGGAGCACAGAGAGCUCUACAAGGACCUGACCGUGCUAGAGAAGGACAUCAAAAUCCCUGCAAAGGUUCUGUCUAUUCUGUGGGAUUUGGAGACUGAGGAAGUGGAGGAUAUUCUCGAGGAGUUUGUGAACAAGUCUCUGCUCUUUGUGGACAACAAUCAUAAACCCUUCCUGUACUACCUCCAUGACCUCCAGCUGGACUUCCUGGAGGAGCAGAAUCGCGCUAAUCUUGAGAGCCUUCACUCUAAGGUGGUGCAUCAGUACCAGCAGCACUACAAAGAUGGUCCUCCCACAUCAGGAGAUGAGGAGUGUCUCUACUGGAUCAGAUUCCUCACGUUCCACAUGGCCAAAGCCAACCUCUCUCAGGAGCUCUACUCGCUCAUGUUUUCUCUGGACUGGGUCAGCCUCAAGUCCCUGAUUCUGGGUCCAGCUCACCUCAUCAACGACUAUGUGGAGUACGGACCCAUACUGGACAAAGAGAACAGUGAAGUCCGCAGUCAGUUCCAGGAGUUUCUGUCUCUGAAUGGACACCACCUUGAACAGCGCCCUUUUCCAGAUGUGUUGCAGCUCGCCCUUUCUCAACCACAGAACUCUGAGGUUUACAAACAGGCUCUGCUGCAGGCGCAGGGCCAGGCCAGCAGGGGGAGACUCUACUUUGACUGGCUAAAUAAAGGCAGUGUCGAGAGUCUGUCCCGUCUGGUGAUCCAGCCCCACCAGGGCUCCAUCUACUCCGCCUGCUUCUCUCAUGACGGAACAAAGAUUGCCUCCUGUGGAGCCAGCAAGACGCUCAAGGUGUUUAAGAGCAUGUCAGGUGAGAAGCUCACAGAGAUCCAGGCUCAUGAUGAUGAGGUACUCUGCUGUGCCUUCUCCCCUGAUGACCGUCUCCUGGCAACCUGCUCUAGUGACAGAAAAGUUAAGGUGUGGAACGUGGAGCGAGAGAUGCUGCUGAGAGUCUUUGAAGAGGAGCAUGAAGAGCAGGUCAACCACUGUCAGUUCACCAACACAACACGGCGCCUCCUGCUGGCCACCUGCUCCAAUGACAAGUUCAUGAACACUAAGUUGUGGAACCUCAACAAGCCGUCCUCCCAGAACACCAUGUUUGGUCACUUCGAGCCGGUCAACCACUGCUGUUUCUCCCCUGAUGACACCUUUGUGUCCACGUCUUCUAAUGAUGGAACCGUGAAGCUGUUCCAGGUGUCGUCUGCCAACGAGUGGAAGACGAUAAACGUGAAAGACAUGCUAGCAGAGAGCGAUGAAGAGGUCCUCGUCAAGUGCAGCACCUGGACCGCGGAUGGCAAACGGAUCAUUUGUGCAGCCAGGAAUGCUGCUCUGGUGUUUGAUGUGGAGACGUCAGAUAUGCUGUUUGAAAUCAGAACCAAUCGUCUGAGCACGGUGCAGUACUGUCACGCCUGUCCCACCAGUAGCCUGCUGGCCAUCGCCUUUUCAAACUAUGCUGUGGAGCUGUGGGACUUGGAGUCCAAUAAGAAGAUGGCGGACUGCAGCGGUCACCUGAGUUGGGUCCAGCGUGUGCACUUCUCUCCUGAUGGCUCUCAGCUGCUCUCCUGCUCUGACGACAAGACUGUCAGGCUGUGGGAGACAAAGAAAGUGCACACCUCCUCAGCUGUCUGCCUGAAAAGAGACUCUGACGUCCUCUUCAACGAUGAAGACAUCCUCGUGUCUGCUGCAGACAACUGCAACAGACUGCAGGUGCGUGAGGGCAGGACUGGAUCAGUGCUGUUCCAGUCAGAGGAGAUGUCGUCCAGGAUUCGAAGUACAGGAUUGUGCAGACAGCCCUCUGCUGUGGCUCUGGGACAGGAAGAUGGAACUGUACAGGUGUUGGAGGUACCCUCAGGGAAGCUCCUGGCCACCCUGCAGGGCCACACUAAGACGGUGCUGUGCUGCAGGUUCAUCCAGAAUGGCCAAACACUUAUCACAUCCUCAGAGGACACCACUAUAAGGGUGUGGAGGUGGCAGACUGGAGAGUGUAAAGUGCUUCAGGGUCACAAGGAACAGGUCAGAUGCUUCUCCCUGCUUUCAGACUCACCUGCUGAGACCAGACUGCUGUCCUGGUCCUACGAUGGCACUAUCAAGUUAUGGGACAUAGAGAGCGGCGAGAAGCUGCGUGACAUCGAGGCUCAUCGAGGAGCCAUCCUGUCUUGUCAUGUCUCGCCAGACGGAUGCUUCUUCGCCACCACCUCUGCUGACAACACCGCUAAGUUGUGGCACUGCGAGUCCUGGCAGUGUGUCGGCACACUGAGCGGCCACCAUGACUGUGUGCGGAGCUGCAGAUUCUCCUGGGACAGCCGACUCCUUGCAACGGGAGACGACAACGGAGAGAUUCGGCUGUGGAGCGUCAAGGACCUCUCUUUAUUGAAGAUUUGCUCUCGGGAAGGUAAAGACGCCAUGGACUCACUGCAUGGAGGCUGGGUGACUGAUCUGCACUUCUCCUCUGACAACUCUCUACUGGUUUCUACGGGAGGAUACGUCAAGUGGUGGGAUGUGGAGAAAGGUGAGGCACUCCAAACCUUUUAUCCAUCAGGGACCGCCUUGAAGAGGAUCCACGUCUCGGCAGACUUCUCCACUUUCGUCACCAUCGACAACAUCGGCAUCCUCUACAUCCUGCAGAGGGUGGUGUGAUGUUCCAAAAGACCAAAAAUGAGCACAAACAAAAUCGGACACUACAUUUUUUUCUUACAAAACCUGCACAGUUAACCCAUUUGCUGGGACAGAUGUAUUUUGUUGGAGUCCCACGGAGGGCUGAGGUGAAAGCUGCUUCAUCCAGUCACUACACUCCUAGCUUUACAAUAGAGCCUUUAUUCUCACUUUAGCGGGGUAGGACAACUUGUACAACUUGCCUUUAACAGUUUACACCUGCUUUUAAUACUUCAGUGACGAUCAUCUGUUGGGUGUGUAGAUGUGCCUGAAAGAUUCUUGGGAGAGUGUACCACAAAUCAACUUUAGCAUACUCAAGCUUUCUCGAAGUGAGCUGGCCUGACAAUGCCCCAAAUUAUGUAUAACAGGUACCAUGAUGCUGGUUUUGAACUGUUUCUUAACUCAGGCUUUCUGCUUCAAGCAGUGUGCAUAUAAGAGGACAGUUCAAACAACCACCAGCUGUCAGAUUGUGACAAAAUGAAAUAGUGAUUAUCACAAGACAACAACACAGCGCAACUCUUAUAUCCAGACAAUGAUGUGUAUGAUAUCAGCAACUUAAUCAGGGGCUGUAUUAAAAUCUAAAAAGCCUUGACCUUCAUGAAGCAUAUGUGGAAAUAUCUUAAGUAUUUGGCCAAAUCAAAGUCAAAUCAAUUAAUUAAUAUGCUUACAACACAUGGAGAUUAUUUUUUUUCAUUUGAGGCUGUUUUUGUUGUAAAACCAGUGGUGCUAUGCGCACUUUCCAGGUUAAUAGGACCAAACAGCAAAACAUGAUUUUCUGAAGAUGGUGUGCUGACAUUGUUCUUUUACUGUGAUAAUCUACUUAAAUGUGGGAAUCUAGCAACUGAAACAAACAGGUAACAACAACUAAAUGGGAUGAUGAUAAAAACUGUUAUUUUCAUUGCACGCUUUCGUUUUGUGACAUUACAGAUCUAACGUUACAAUUCCAAAAGCAUGUCCCUUUAACUGAAGAGCCAUAAUGGGAAUUUCUAGGUAAUAAUUGAUCUAAAAAAUAUGAAACUUUGCAGCCAGUUUGAAGCCUUAACCCAAACAUAACCUUAACCCAACCAGGUUAUGACUUAAGAGUCAGUUACAGUACAUUUUAAUUCAUAUUUUACUUUUCUUUAGUCCUGGAUGAUUAAAAGGAGCAGACUGUGGCUUUGUCUCUCUCAAAGUAGCAACAAUUCAGUCCCUCCUGUCUGUUACCUAUCUGUGAUGCUAAAGUUCGGUAAAGUAUACGAAGCUAGACACAAUCUCUUUCUGCCAAGUCUGUCACAAUAAAAGCCCCCAGUUGCCAUUGAAGACUUUUAUUUUGAAGUGCAGCAUCAGGAAAUGGAAUGUUUUCAGCAUCAACUUCACAACAAAGACAUUUCAUGGAGGAAAGAGCAGGAAUGAGGAAAUGAAACUGAAGCUUUUUAGCUAAAAAAAAAAAAAGCUUGAAAAACAGUCAUAGCAUAGCAGACAGAUGAUUCCUCCAGUCAGGUUGUAAAAUUUUUUUAAAUUUAAGAGGAUCAUUUUUUUCUUGUGAGUGAGCAUGGCUUCGGCUCCUUCACCAACACACCCACACCAUCCAGAGCAGGCUUUACUGCCUCAUUAUCCAUGAUUGUAAGGAUUAAUUUUAUAAACUUUAAGAAAUUUUUUCAUGACUGAAAAUAGGCCAGGUGGUUCAAAACACAGUGGCCUGUUAUACAAGAAACCUAACAUGGAUUUUUUUCAUCACUUUACAGGGACUUUAAUCUUGCUUUGUGGUACAGUCAUCCAUCUAUUAUCUACACUAAUCACAGGGCUGACAUUUUGAAACAAGUUAACCAGCCACGCUCACAAUCACAGCGACGGGAAAUUUAGAGUCAUCAAUUUACCUAACAAGCAUGUCUUUGGUCUGUGGAAGGAAGCCAAGUAGCUGCAGAGAACCCAUGCAUGUAUGGGGAGAAUGAGCAAACUCCACACAGAAAAGCCCUGCCAAAAGGAACCACGCUGUGAAGCAACACCUGAAAAGUAAAUGCAAUUGUGCUUUCUUCUGAUAGAGAAAAUAGAGCAAAAACUGAUGUUUAGAAGAGGAGAAGGCACUUAAAAAGUAAACCUGUUUACUUAAAAUGUCUGUGAAUAUCAGAUCUUCUUUUGAAGCAAUCAAACCUUAUAAGAAUAUCAUACUAACAGGUUAAAGAAAUGUGAUCUUUGCAUCACUCUAAAUGUGAAUAAUAACUGUAAAUCUAUAUUGUGAUGGGGCUGAGCAUUAUUGCAUGUGAUGUGAGGGAAUUUACACUCCACUGUUUGUAAUUGAUAUAAGUUAUAAUGCACGUCUGCUGAUCCAUUAGAACUCAUAAAAGUGCAUUUGAUGCUUUGGUGCUGUGAUUGCUUUGUUAUGUCCGUGAAAAUCCCUUUUCCUGUGUCUGGUUUUGAGCCUUUUAAUUAAAAGCCUCAGUCUGAAUAGAAAUAUCACUGGAGGCUAUUUAUGUUUUGUGUAUGAGAUUCUCAAUCCACCAGCAAAGACAGAACUUCUGCUGCACUUUGAUCACCGUUAAAAAUUAAUGGUUGGAUUAAGUUUUAAUGAUUAAGCAUUUGAAUUUGAAACUGAGAACUUUAGAAAAGCCCCCGGGUCUGUUUGUACAUCUGAACUUUUUCUACUUUUGAACUCGGAUCAAAGGUAAAUGUCUUUUUUACAAAAAUAAAAUAAAUGCAGUAUGUGAUUUAUAAUUUAUAACAGAAAUUUCCAAAUGCUUUUCUUGCAAGGAACUUUUUUUUUCUUUUACUAUGUGAUUUUGUAUUUUUUAAUCUCUUCAACUCACAACUUUUUACACGCUUUUUGAUGUGUGCAUUGCGUGAAUUUCUAGCCUUUCCUCUUCAGGGCACUUUGAAGCAGGAGUUACAAUCUUUUAUAAAGCUUUUGACGCUUUCCUAUUGGUGCUUUAAAGUCGUAAUGAAAUUCAAUCAACAGAUUCCUGCUUGUUUAGAGGUCUCUGUCUUAAAAAAAGGAGAGUAAUGUCUGCUCAGGUUAUUAUGAUACUGUUAAACGCUGUGAUGCAA